AUGUAUAGACCGAAGGUUUGCGACAUUGUCUGCCUCCUAGCCUUGGCUGUGUCAGAAUUAUCACAGAAAUUAUUUUUUUGCAAAAUAAUAUUAUUUGUAUAUAUAUUUUUUGUAUUAAAGUCAAAAUGUUUACUGACCUUUACCGUUACUGUUUAUGCAAAAGGCCUUAGUGUUGCAGAUAAUGGUAUGUUAACAGUGACGUACCCAACAGAUUUAGACACAACAACAGAACAAGUUACAACAGAAAAUAUUAUAAACACAAACCAGACCAUUGUUGAAAAUCAAAAUACCUAUAUAGACAAUAUCACGAACAAAAAUGAAACACCAAACAUAAAAGUUAUAGAUAAUGGUGAAAUAAAAACUCCAGAAAGCGCUAACAAAGUUAUUCAACCAAUUGUAACAAACUUAUCAUUUAAUAACGUUAAAUAUCAAGCUAACGCCAAGCAAGAAGCCAAAGAGGUAAAACCUAAAUUAAGUAUAGCUGAUAUGUUGCAACGUCAGAGAAUUCAGAAAAAGAACGAUAUAAGAGCCCAUGUUCAAUACGAUGAAGUAACUGGAGAAUUGAUGGGUGGUGAUCAUCCUUGUCAUCGCGAGUGUAGAGAAGGGGAGGAUCCAAUGAUUUGCUAUUAUCAUUUCAAUCUAGAAUGGUAUCACACUAUGAGCAAGGCGUGUUAUAAUUGUCCUUACAACCCCGAUGAUUGCAAGCUUUUAGAUUGUAUACCAGCUGACGGAAUGAGCAGACCCCUUAAUGUUAUCAAUAGGAAGAUGCCUGGACCUGCUAUUGAGGUAUGCCAGCAUGAUAGAAUAAUUGUGGACGUCGAAAACGACUUGAUGACUGAGGGCACGACGGUUCAUUGGCACGGGCAGCAUCAACGGGGAACUCCUUAUAUGGAUGGAACACCAUACGUCACACAGUGUCCUAUAAUACCUGAAUCAACUUUCAGGUAUCAAUUUAAUGCGACACACUCUGGUACACAUUUCUGGCAUUCACACUCUGGGAUGCAAAGAGCCGAUGGAGCAGCCGGCGCGCUUAUCAUACGGAAACCAAAAUCUCAGGACCCUCAUGGCGCUUUGUAUGAUUACGACAGAUCGGAUCACGUGAUGAUAGUAACAGAUUGGAUACACGAAUUGUCUGUCGGUAUGUUCACUGAUCAUCAUCACUCCACUGGAGAUAACAAGCCACCGACUUUACUGAUCAAUGGGAUUGGAAGGUUCAGAAUUUUCAAUGAAACGGUCAAGCCUAUAUACAUGCAAGCUGCUAGGUUCAACGUUGAACAGGGCUAUAAGUACCGUUUUCGUGUGAUCAACGCCGAGUUCCUAAAUUGUCCUAUCGAAAUGUCUGUUGAUGGACACAAUAUAACAGUUAUCGCUUCAGACGGAUACGAUCUCGAGCCUAUUACUGCAACGUCUCUAGUGACAUACGCGGGCGAGCGUUAUGACUUUGUGAUAGAAGCGAAUAACGAAAUAGACAACUAUUGGAUUCGCUUCAGAGGACUCAUGGAUUGCGAUGAGAGAUUCACAAAAGCAAAGCAAGUGGCUGUUUUACAUUACGAAGGCGCUAUGGAUUUGGAACCAACGGGAGAUCCUACUUGGGAGGAAUUGCAUAAUGAAGGAUUGCAAUUAAAUGCUCUUAACAAAGCCGAGGAAGAGAAUGAGACGAUAAGCGUCGCUGAGAUGAAAUCGCUUCAAGGUUAUGACGACAGUUUGAAAGAAAUAGCUGAUUAUCAGUUUUACGUGGCAUAUGACUUCUACGCUAAGAACAAUUCACAUUAUCAUCGAUCACCAUAUUACGGGUAUUACCAAGUACCAAACCCAGACAAUCGUCUAUACACGCCUCAAUUAAACCACAUCAGUAUGAAAAUGCCAUCAAGUCCGUUGUUACUAUCGCGACCGUCACCAGACAAAUUUUGCAACGCAUCCAGUAUAGACGAAUCCUGCAAGGAAGAUUACUGUGAAUGCUCCCACGUGUUAUCUGUUAGGUUGAAUUCUGUUGUUGAAGUUAUUAUUGUUGAUGAAGGUGUGACCUUCGAUGCCAAUCAUCCGUUUCACUUACACGGUCACAACUUCAGAGUUGUGGGAAUGAGACGGCUAUCUAAUACGACGACUAUCGAAGAAGUCAAGGCUUUCGAUGAAGCUGGUCUUUUGAAGCGCAACCUUAAGAACGCUCCACUCAAAGAUACUGUGACCGUACCAGACGGUGGUUAUACUGUUAUACGGUUCAAAGCUGACAACCCUGGUUAUUGGUUGUUCCAUUGUCAUAUAGAAUUCCAUGUUGAAGUCGGCAUGGCCCUGAUUUUCAAAGUCGGUGAACACAAAGACAUGGCGCCGGUUCCUCACGAUUUUCCAACCUGCGGAAAUUAUCUACCUGAUAAUAUGUUGGAGCAUGAAACAACUCCAAAACCAAACCCAAGUGAUAAUCAGGUAAUACAGAUAUCACACUGGUGGCCGAUUUAUUACGUCAAUGGCACAUCUUCGGCUAUAGCCGUACAAAUUUCGAUACCACUUUUAAGUAUUAUAUGGAUAUUGAAAUUUGUCACUGGAACGUAA